AUGGGAGAUCCACAUUAUCGUACCUUCGAUGGUGAAUACUACAACUUCAUGGGUAACUGUACUUACAUCAUGGCUAAAAACUGCCAUGUAGACAAUAAUUACCCAGCAUUCGAAGUACAGGCCAUCAAUAAACGCACUGGAAGCUCGAAAGGCACGAGUGUCAGUGGAGUCAUCAUUCAAGUUUAUGGCCAAACCAUCACCAUUGUCCAACAAGAGAAUGGGCUUGUCAGAAUUAGUGAUUCGCUUUGGUACCUUCCAAUCUCUUUGGACAAUGGCAAAGUAACACUUCAGCAAAGUGGUCUCUCAGUAAUAAUCAAGACAGACUUUGGAUUGUCAGUCCAGUAUGACUGGGAUCAGUAUUUGGUGGUGAAAAUACCAGUUAGAUUUAUGGGAAGGAUGUGUGGCAUGUGUGGGAACUUCAAUGGAAUUAAGGGCGAUGACCUUGCCACUUCCAGUGGCAGUGAAGCAGGCAGCAUUCCACAACUGGGGAAGAGCUGGAGAGUACCAGGUUCUGUGGGUGAAGCCUACUGUACAGAUGAUUGUGUGGGCCAGUGUGAGAGUUGCCAGGAAGUAUCAUGGUUUAAACAUCUAGCAGCAGAGUCAUUCUGUCACUUGGCUACCAUACUUACUGAUGGUCCGUUACGUGAUUGCAGCGCUCUCAUUGACCCCAAGGUUUUCUAUGAAAACUGUCUUCUGGAUUACUGCCUGGGAAAAGGAUUCAAGAAUUUUCUAUGUAAAACAGCAGAGAUUUAUACAGAUGCUUGUCAGCGAGCUGGCAUUCAUGUGCACGACUGGAGACACAUCAUUGGUUGUCCAACGCCUAAAUGUCCAGCAAACAGUCAUUUUGAGACCUGUGCCUGCCCUGCUACGUGUGAGAAUCCCACUCCUUCUGCCGAUUGUAAAACAAACUGUCUAGAGGCUUGCACCUGCGAUUAUGGAUACUUGUGGAGUGGAAACAAGUGUGUCCCUAAGAAUCAGUGUGGCUGUGUGUACAAAAAUGGAGGUGAGGAGCGUUACUUACAGGCUGGAGAAUCUAUCUGGGCUGAUAACAGUUGCACUAACAACUGCACUUGCAACCCGACAAAUGGUAAAAUUAUUUGUGAAAAUGCUCAGUGCCCAGUUGGAACAGCUUGCAAUAUUAAUAAUGGAAUCAGAGCCUGCCAACCACUCUCUCAUGCCAGCUGUAAUAUUUAUGGAGAUCCUCAUUACAACACAUUUGACAACACCACCUACGACUUCAUGGGCACCUGCACUUACACUGCCGCUCAGGGAUGCCACCUAGAUGGAACGCAACUUACCCCAUUUACAGUUGUAGUAGAGAAUGAGGAAUGGAAUGAAAUCCAAGCCACUCCAAAUGUGUCUAUGGCCAAGGUGGUUGCUGUGGAGGUCUAUGGUAUGAUAUUAGUCCUGAGAAGAAAUCAGAUACAUCAGGUCAUGAUUAACGGUGUCUUAACUAAUAUCCCUUUAAGCCUCAAUAAUGGUGAAUUGAUAGUCCAGCAGGAGGGCAACAAUAAUGUGAUCAUUACAAAUUUUGGGCUGAAAGUGGCCUAUGACAUGAUUUACCAUGUUAUUAUCACAGUCCCCAGCACUUAUCUUGGAAAGACCUGUGGUAUGUGUGGAAACUAUAACGGCAAUAAGAACGAUGAUUUCCUGCUGCCAGAUGGCAUAGAAACCAAAGAUAUAAAAACAUUUGGAGCGGCAUGGAAAGUGGCAGUUCCUGGUGUUGUAUGCGAUGAUGGCUGCAGUGGGGAUUUCUGUCCAAAGUGCCCUGAAGAUAAGAAACUUGUAUUUGAAAAGGACUGUAGCAUUAUUACCAACCCAGAAGGUCCAUUUGCUGCCUGUCACAGUAUAAUUAACCCUGAAUCCUACUUUAGAGAUUGUGUUUAUGACGUCUGCAUGGGUGAAAGUGAUCAACAUAUGCUAUGCCACAGUGUCACUGCAUACAUGACUGCCUGUCAGGACUAUAAAGUUUCCAUUAAGAGCUGGAGAACACCAACAUUUUGCCCUCUGAAGUGCCCUGACAACAGUGCCUAUGAAAUUUGUGCAACGGCAUGUGACACACCUUGCCCUGGCCUAUCUGAUGUCAUCAAAUGCAAUGUUCAGACCUGUGUUGAAGGCUGUAGGUGUAAACCUGGAUUCUUCAACAAUGGAACAGGCUGCGUUAAAGAGGAUCAGUGUAGCUGUUAUGCGAAUGGCAAAACCUUAAAGAUGGGUGAGGUUGUUGUCACUGAUGACUGUCAAGAAAAAAUUAUAUGUCAAAACUCUGGUAUAAUGAAAUAUGAAAGCAUGAAAUGUAACACUGAUGAAGCAUGCCUGGUUAAGAAUGGUGUUCGAGGAUGCUACCCCAAACAGUGCAUGCUGGGAAAUGCAGGCUCCAUCACCCUUUUCAAUGGAACAACAUGGAACAUACCAUCUAUAGGGGCCUUUGACUUGGUGAAAGUAUGUGACGAUAGUGUUAUGGGGAUAUGGUUCCGUGUGGUGGCGGUGUUGCAAGAGAGAAAUGGGGUCCUCUCAACUACAGCUGUAAACAUAUUCUUUGAAAAUGUUCUUGUUACUGUUACCAGCCAAAAUGAGAUUUGGUUCAACGGUAGAAAGAUGACUUUACCUAUUAUGGAAAGCAAUGGGGUAACUGUUAAGGUCAUCGAUCAGACAGUGAUCAUUGAGAAGAGAAAUGCAAUUAGAUUGUCCUACAGCCUUUCACAGGGUGUCAUAAUCACAGUGAACAAUGGAAUUGCUGAUAAAGUUUGUGGAGCUUGUGGAAAUUUACUGGCUCUAUUUCAGGUGAAAGCAUAA